AUGGCGAUGUCGACUGCGGGUAUCACCAACAGAGGCACAUGCCUUCUGCUCCUAACUCUUAUGGUAUUCAUGACACCAAGUCAUGCUUUCAAGAGUUAUGGAGCCGAUAUCUUCGCAAGAAGUGAUGAUUGCCCCAGCUCAUACGAUUACUGUGGAUGGGACCUUCCCUCCAACUUCUGCUGUUCCUCAUCCACAAGUUGUAUCACGACUGACAGUGAGACUACAAUCAUUUGCUGUCCAUCCGGAGAGAGCUGUAACUACAUCUCACCCAUAACCUGUGAUAUCCAAGAGCAAAACGCCACCGCUCACCCCGAAUCCUCAAUCAAGACAACCCUUCUCAACGGGACCCUCCCCACCUGCGGCGAGAAAUGCUGCCCAUUUGGGUACACCUGCGAGAACAGUCUAUGUGCGAUGAACACGAACGAAACCACACAGACAACCACAUUCUCCGGUGCAAGCACCGCAACAAGUACUAGCGAUAGCACCAGCACAAGCACAGACGCCAGCACGAUAACCUCAACCGCCUCAAGCACCGCCGCCGGAGCAACAUUCACACCAGUAACCACCUCCGUCUCCACAACCUCCAUAAACGCCGACUCAACCUCCUCAAAAACAACCACAUCUGGUUCCUCGUAUCCAACAAAAGCAGUCCUAGCGGGAUUCUUCCCAGGCGCUAUCUUUGGCACGAUCCUCGCACUCCUAAUAUCAACCUGUAUACGAAGACGCACGCAAAAGAAAAGAGACCUCGCAGAGUCCGAAGCCGCAAAGGUUCCAAGAAACUGGUCGAUUUCGAGCCCCAUUGCCUCAGAAGAUGCAUCCUAUCGAACGGAUUUCCUUCUCAGAAGUACAGAUGACAGACACACAUCAAUGAGUAGUCGAUCCAUGCGGUCAAUGCUAAACCGCUCCGGAUCCUGCGUUCGAAGUCUCUUCUCAAAUGGACAUGGGUAUCCAAGAGAUGAAGAUGUUCCACCUUUACCAACUCAACCUGAGUUUCCUACUACCCCGGAUAUGGUACAUGAUCCUGUUACACCGCCACGACAAAGGGCGCCUAGUACGGAGAGUAUUAAGGUCUACUCGCCCCCUGGUGCUUUUAUGCAGUCUAGGCGGUUCUUAGGUCCUGAGCCUUAUCCUGGUCGCAUUGCGAGACCGUCUACUACUUUUACGGAUUUGGUGCAGGCUGUUGGGUUCCAGGAGUCAAAGAGUCAGGCUAAGGAUGGGAAGGAGGAGAAGGAGGAAAAAGAGCCUAAGGGGAAUUUGUCGAACUUGAAGGAGAGUAAAGGGUCUUUCAAGGUGCAUCAUGUGAGGAAGAUUACUUGA